ACGAAACGAAGCCGCCGAUAACAAAUGAAAAGAAACGAUAAUGGCGCUGUCAUUAUUUUUACACAAAAUCAACAGUUUGAUAUUUUUUACAAUAGCAAUUUUGUCAUGUGAUCAAAUAGAUAUUUCGCCCAAACAAUUACCACAAUAUUACUGAUUCCAUACCUUUAACAUAACUGAAAUGUGUAUCAAGUAGAAAGCAAUCAAAUCAUCAAUAUGAAUGAUUUUUCCACAUUAGAAAAAACUAUAGUGCGUGAAUUGUCGUGUCGUCUUUGCUUGUGUACAGAUGUUGUGAAACUGAAACCACUCAGUAAUGAACUAAAGAGGAAAAUCAAAAGGCUCUUUGAUAUUGUUGUGCGCACCGACGACACACUCCCUAAAGCAAUAUGCCACGACUGUUUGCAACAGGUGGCUGCAAUGCACCUGUACGCGGUAAAAGUAGAAAAAACCCAAAAGUUUUUGGACUUCCACAAACUGAAAUCCGUUGAGGAUAAAAGGGAUCAAACCUCAGCGGAUAGCAAAAAAGCGAGCCCAAUAUCAGCAUCUUUGUCAUCGCAAAACCUUACUGACAUUACCAAGAAACUUCUAUAUCCCAAAUCUAAAACUCCUCUCUCCGAACAUCAACACGGUGACGUGAGAACAAUCAAAAAUAAAACGCAAAAGAAAAAAUCCCCAUCAGAUAUGAAGUUUUUGGAGUCCAUGCCUUUAGAAGAAUUCGUUAUAGCUGAGAAACUCGAUAAAACAUUGUUAAAUAGUCCUUCGAUGGUGAACAAACCUUCGAAUCAAAAAGAAGAGAAGCGAGAUGUGAAUAAGGACAGCAAACUGAUACCUGAAGAAAUAACUGAGAGCCUAGAUCCUGUGGUGCUGAUAGACGGCAGACCAGCUCGUCAAGGCGCUGCCUUGGAUAACCAAAUCACGCUGUUCUACAAAAUGGAAUGUUGUAUUUGCCACGAAAAAGGUUUCCAUUUCAGGUCCCUGGUGAAACACUAUAAGGACCGCCACGGAGUGCCCGGAUAUGUAACUUGUUGUGACAAAAAGUUUCAUUACUUCUAUCCGAAAAAAAUCAUCGAACACAUGGCUUAUCACCUUCAGCCAAAUAUAUUUAUGUGCACAAGUUGCCAUCAGAACUUCCAAACAUCCCAAGAGCUGAAUGAGCAUCAAAGCAACGGCGGGCGAUCGGAAGGCAAGAUUGUCUGUCCUCGAUGUUCCGAGAGAUUUCCUACUUACCGCGAGCUAGGCUGCCACGUCAUCACUCAUCGCACAGACAAACAACAAUGCGACUAUUGCGGAAAAUUACUGAAACAUCACCAUAGGAAAAAAACUAUCAAUCACAUGGAAGAUGUGAUCCUAUGCUCACAGUGUGUUCGCACCCUGAAGUCUAUUGAGAAACAAGAGAAGGAGAUCAAGGAAAAAGUAAAAGCCAAAAGUAAUGAUUUAAUCACUCUUCAAAAGUACCAAAAAUUCAGACAGGCAAUGGGACUCUCAGCUGACGAAGACGCUUUAACAGAGUAAAUUAACAUUGAAAAAAAAUAGAAACAUAAGAAAAGCCUCCACUUUUUUGAUAAAAUAGAAAUGUAUGUACAAUUGUAUUAUGUACAGAAUAAAACAGUAUAUUUAUUUG